UGUGAUUGAAAAAUCUGAUAUGUGAGUGGUGGAGACGGAAGGAAGUUAGUUUAUAUGGGGAAUGGAAGAGCUCCUUGUUGUGAUAAGGACAAAGUGAAGAGAGGUCCAUGGAGUCCCCAAGAGGACUUGAGGCUUAUCACUUUCAUUCAGAAAUAUGGCCAUGAAAACUGGAGAGCUCUCCCUAAACAUGCUGGGCUACUGAGGUGUGGAAAGAGCUGCCGUUUAAGAUGGAUUAAUUAUCUGAGACCAAAUGUCAAAAGAGGGAACUUCAGCAAAGAGGAAGAAGAAACUAUAAUAAGGUUACAUGAGACUCUGGGAAACAAGUGGUCCAAAAUUGCUUCACAUUUACCAGGAAGAACAGACAAUGAGAUUAAGAACGUCUGGAACACUCAUUUGAAAAAGAGAUUGGCUUCAAAGGCCUCCUCAUCAUGCUCUUCUGUUACAUUCUUGUCGUUUUCGUGUGGCGAAAGAAGCAUAGAGGCAUCCGAGGAGCUAAAAGCUUUGCCAAGUUCUUCAAUCUCUUCCAGUAACUCCAACGUCACCGAUACCAGUCGAGUUGAUACUUUAAAUCCCGAAAAUCACGGGGGUUCACCGUUCGAUGUCAUAGGAGUUUAUGGUGCAAACAACGCAUCAGAGGAGGUGAACAAAGCCGGAUAUCUCCGAUACCGCCGUCGAUAUCCCGUUGGAGUCGGAUUUGGACUUUUGGAACAAGUUGGAUACCUUAGGAUGGUUCCAGCCCGAUGAGAUUCGAUUGAAUGAAGCUGAAAACAAUAAGUGGUUGCAGUACUUGGAAAUCGAACUUGGCCUGGAAGUAACCAGGGAUGAAAACCGGAACAAUUUGUCAAACAAUGCAGCUGAGCCACUGGUUCCUGAGAUGUAUGACAUGCAACCGAAGCCAUAACAUGAUACGGGGCACAUGUCGUUAUCACAUUGUGGCCCUCAUUCAUAGCGCACAGUUCUGCUAUCCGAAUCAAAUAUAUAACAGUAGUAGUUCAUAAGGGGCUUUCGUAGUAGUUUUGACUAUGCUUUCGUUAUGAAUUUUGUUGGUUUUCCUAACUUGGUCACUUUAAUUAGGCCUUUCUAGAUGUAUGGUUGAUAAAAUAAAACAUCCAUCUGAUCAUUUUUC